AUGUUUAAUUCACCAAAUGAUUGUUUUAUUUCUUCACCAUUAUCACCAUCCAAUUUAAUAUUCAAUCGACAACAUCAUAAUACUCGUUAUCAUCCAUAUAAUCGUAUUUCAACAUCAUAUUAUCCAACAAAUGAACUUGAAACAUAUUCAUACGAUAAUAAUAAUAAUUCAACAACACAAAAUUAUGAUAAUUCCAUAAUGUCUUAUGAUUAUAAUCAUAGUUGGACAACACCUUGUUCUUCUAUUGAUAAUGAAAUAAAUAAUAAAGAACAAACAAUAAUUAAAUCAAAUCUAGGAAGAACAGGUACUUCUCAUUGCUUUAAACGACGUGUAUCAGCUAAUAAAAAAGAACGUCGUCGUACACAAUCAAUAAAUACAGCUUUUUCUGAUUUACGCACGGCUAUACCAAAUGUUCAAUCAGAUACAAAAUUAUCUAAAAUAAAAACUCUUAAAUUAGCUACAAAAUAUAUUGAAUUUUUAAUGGAUACUUUAGCUAAAGAUGAUCCAAUAACAAUGCCAAGUGCAUUUAAAGCUGAAAUUACAAAAACAAGAAAAGAUCAUAGAGAUUUAAUGAACUUUGAUAAUGGUUUAUCCCCACGUAAAAUGAGAGGAAGAACAGGAUGGCCACAAACAGUUUGGCAAUCAGAAUUAAAUCGUAAUGAAAAUUUUCAUCAACAUCAUCCUUCAACUAAUGAAACAACACUUUUAUCUCCAACACUUCCAUCUUCAAUCUCUUUAAAUAUAUCAUCUGAAAGUUUAUCAAAUUCUUCAACACUUUCACAUAGUAAUUCACCAUUACCAUCAUCAAGUACAAAAAUGAAUAAAUUACGUACAUAUGACAAAUCAUAUUUAAAAAAAUAA